ACGGAGCAACACCAAGACACAGUGCUACAUAUCAACUUCCAAUACUUUGUUUUCUUUAGGUGGAUCUAGUCUCUCUGCAUACAACACAACUACAGCUAUGCCAGCGGUGUGGGCGGGUCUCCUUCUGUUUGUGGCCUUCAGAGGAGCAAGUUCAGCUGGAUUCUCAGUGCUAGCUCCAGAGCGGUCCCUAUCAGCAUGGAUCGGCUCCUCCAUCACGCUGCGCUGCACCGUCUCACCAGACAUCAGUGUCACGAACAUGGAGGUGCGCUGGUACUGCCCAGAGGACCCACAGGUGCCCGUUCUGCAGCGUACGAGUCCAGACAGCCAGGUCAUCGGCCCCCAGUACAGGGGCCGCGUGUCUCUGGCAGGAGACCUGGGGAAGGGAGACGUGUCCCUAAAGAUGGAGAACCUCAAGGUGGCCGACAGAGGAGAGUAUGUGUGCUAUGUGAAGAGUACAGACUGGUACGACACCUCCACUGUAACCCUGCAGGUCACAGCAACGGGUUCAGCACCGCUGUUGUCUACAGCUGUGGCAGGUGAGGGACAGGUGAACGUUACCUGUGCGUCGGAGGGCUGGUCUCCAGCGCCAAAACUCACCUGGACAGACAGAGCGGGCCAAAGCUUACCUGGCAACCCCACGACACUCGCAGGUGCAGCAAGGGGGACUGCUGCCUUCAUCAGUACCUUGCUGCUGCUGAUGCUGCUGUUGCUUGGGGCGUUUGUACUCUACAAGAAAGGUAACGCAUCAGGCCUAUUCACAGCCCUCUUCAUGUGGCCACAACACAACACAUAG